AAAAAAAAAUUCUGGCAGCCUUGGCUGCUGAUGCGACCGGAAAGAUAAGAGAAAAAAUCAUAUUAUUUGAUAUUUUGCCGCAAGGAGAAAAAACGGAUUUAAAAGACAGAAAUGCUACCCACAUCCAUUCGAAACACAAUUCAACAGUGAGAACUGAAAGUGAUUCCCGGUGAAGACCGCAAAAUGAAUCUAAAUGAGGUGGUUUAUGUAGGAAACGUUCCCAAACAGGCAACUAACCUUGAAUUGGCCGAGUUUUUCAAAGAUGUCGGAAUUGUCAUCAAGGUUUCAUUCAUGCGAGAAAAUCGCAACGACUGUCGUACCAAGGUAGGUUUCGUGCUAUUCGAGGAUGAAGCGCAAGCCCUUAAGGCUUGCAAAUUCGAUCAGACUAUCUUCCAAUGGAAUCGGGUAUUGGUGACCCUUGUGAACGACGAACGUCACUUCUGGGCCGGACAUACUGUCGUCGUGAGGAAUCUUUCUUUCGAAAUUAACGAAGAGGAAUUGUACGAGGCUUUUGGUCGAUACGGUAUGAUAGAGGCGGUACAGAUUCCCACAAACAACUUUGCUUACAUUGGUUUCAAAGAGAAAUCGGCAGCAGUUGCGGCGCAACGCAUGAACAACACAAUACUUGGAUCAAAUAAAAUAACUGUUCAAAUCUUGAAUCGAAACGUUAGGGUACGAUUGGAGGACUUGGACAGCUUCAAAACACCACGAGUGUACAAUGAAUUGAUGGAUGCAAAAUUGAAGCAUUGUUAUUCAAAAACGGGCUUUACCUCAAUCAGUACGCAGUCGAAAUCUAUUGAUUUCAGUAACAACGAUGAUGUUGAAGACCUUGAUGACGAGGACGAUGAGGAUAAUAGGGUAUACGAUCCAGUGACUAAUAGGUUUUAUGAUAAAGUUAAGGUUCAAGUGAAACGUGAACCUCUCUUUGAUCAAGAGCAAGAGGAGGAUAUGUAUUUUGCCCCACCCUCGCCGAUUGGCUGGAGUGCCACCGUUGAAGAACAACCAAAGAAAGUGAUGUCUCCGAGCAAAUCACCAACAUGGGACAUAUUGGCUGCCUCCGCAGAUGAAGCAAAUGAGCCUCUGGAGGAGACCCGACGACGUGAAGUUCAGUUUACAAAACAUGGUAUUAUAUCGCCAAGUAAUAAUGCAGUACGGGUGGAAAACAUUCCUCGCGACGUCUACGAUGAGGAUGUAGUAAAAUAUUUCGACCAAUUUGGAUCAAUCAUCAGUGUCGAAAUAGGCUUUUCCCAAAGCUGUAUAUUCAGCAAAGUCUAUACUGUCGUUUUCGAAGAGGAAAGCACUGUAGAGCGUGUUCUUGACUGCUUUAUGCGCAAAUGUGAGUUUUCUGGCGUUGUUUGUACAGUUUUUACGAUGCGACCAGACGAGACUCUUUUGGAGGUGCCGGGAAAAGCGGUACUUGUCGACUACAUCUCCAACAGUGUUAUAUACGAAGAUGUAGUGGAGGCAUUCUCAAAAGUAGGACAAGUGAUUUACGUGAAGAAAACACAUCGGAACACUACGCCCAGUGUUGUUCAUUUUCUCAAUAAUAUUUCGUUCGAUAAAGCGAAGCAGGUAACCAAACUGGAUGGUGAUAAGGUACAAGUUGUUCCCUUCAGUCAUGAAGCAUUCCGAACCUUUACUGCGGAAUACUUGAAACUAAAAAAGGCGAGCACUCCGCACACCAAGAAACCACUGAAGAAUGUUCGCAUGAUGGAUAUCGAGAUGAAGGAACAGUCGGAUAAAGUUAAAAACAUGAUAAUUAGGACUGUGUUCAAUCCUAACUAUUGUAGUCCGGAACCAAUGAGGUUCACAUACGAAGUGGUGAUUUACAAUUGUCCGGCGCGGGUCACACUCAAGGAUUUACGGCGGCACUUUAUCAACGUGGCGUUUGUUUCAAAUAUGCGUCAUGAGCCGAGCUUGUACGAUGCUAACAGUUGGAAAGUGUUCGCAAGUUUCUCUACAUUCAUUGAAGCGUUCAAUGCUGUGCGGCUUAAGGGUCCCAUGGAUUCUUUUCCAAUCUUCAAGCAUUUGGCUACUGAGAAACCCAAAUUGGAUGCACAGGAAGCGAUUCUGCUUGAGUGCGAACAAGAUCUUACCGUAAACAAAGUGCACGGUCUUCUAAUAAGUCACGGAGCAAUGACCUUUAUAGAUAAAGUGGAUCACAACAAGUUUGUCGCUGUGUGUCGUGAAUCGAAAACAGCCAAAAAGCUUGUUAACCUCCGUGUGCUGUCGAAGUGUCCCUGCAAAAUCACAUUAUAUCGCGAUAUUAUCAAUAGACAAAAUGCUCUCGCUGACUCUCUUGAUGCUCCAUCAGAGUUACAGAACAUUUCUGUUCCUUACCAUGGUCACAAACAAUUAAAUCAACCGUCACGUUCGAAACCUCCAAUUACAAUGGCUGAUAUUAUGUCACUGCAGAAGAAUUUAGUGGGUAACGAUGGUACAGGUAAUCAGCCACCGCGGGAUGAUACGAAUCGAAUUUUGAGACACACCAGCGAAUGGGAAGAGGAAAUCGAUCAUGUCGGUAACAAUUCCGGGAUGCCGAGACGCAGUGCUAUAGCCAUGAAUUUAGCUAAUAACGCACCUAUUCAGUUCAACAAUCGCCUUCAGCCCCAAUUGAACCUCGACUUUGUUCAUCAUCAUCAACAACCAUCGUUGGAACGCGUCAACGAUCUUGCAUAUGUAAACCCGCCGCCACCUAACGAAAUGUUGUUUGCAUUGCCACCGAGGGAUUUCCAAACGGGCUGGGCACUCGGUGGUCCCAUGCAUCAACCACCAAGCAUGGUUCCACCUCCCGUUACGAGAACUGUGUUCAUACCAGAACAUGUUUCUCUACCAACACCACCGGGAUGUGGGCCACUCGGUGUACUUCCUUUAAAUCCCGGCAUAUCUGCAGCCAUCGGUGUCCAACAGUCGGUACCUCAGGAAGGCAAUCUGCGCCAGUACCUUGCAGAAAAACGAAAUGUACGCCCCCGUGAAGCAUACGAUCCCACUGAAGUGCUGGACCAAAAAUUGGAUAAUAUUGAUGCUGCUCAACCGACCACAUCCAAAGAAGUAGACCUCCUGGAAUCGUAUAUUCGGAAGAAGGAGCGCGAUAUCAAGCGACGCUUAGAGCUGUUGGACAAGCAACUAUCAGACAGUGCAGAGCCGCGAAGGUCUCGUCAACGUUCCGUGUCUCCAACCGAUCGUAAAGCGCAACAACGGAUUCAAUCAAUUCGGAAGGAAAAAAUAGAAAUAAGUCGGAAGAUAACUGAGCUGCUCAGACAGGGUGACCAUAAAUCCAAUCCACGAUUUGUUUCGCUUACUGAGCAGCAGUCCAACUUAGACAAAGAAAAUAUCGAAAUUAAACGGCAGUUGGAGGCCAAAAAGCUCUGGUUAUCAGAGCGUGAGCGUUCGCUUUCUUCUGAACGCCACCAACAGGACGAACAGCAGAGACCAACAAGGCGUAGCAGAAGUAAUAAUGGCAGUCGCAGUCUCAGUCGUAGCAGAAAUCGUCGACGUAGUCGAAGCCGGUCACGAGAUAGAUUUCGGAGAAGAAGUCGAAGUGUAUCCCGUGCAAGACGUCGUUCAGAUAGUCGCGAUCGUAUUGGUCGUCGUCGAGAACGCCGCAGCCGGUCACGUUCCUCAGAACGAGGUCGCCGGUCAUCUUCGAGGGAUGGAUUCAGGCGCUUCUAUAACCGUUCCGACCAAUUGUCUAACCGCAGACCGGAGUCUCUUAUGCGAGAGAUGCGACAAUUGGGACGUCCAAUGGAAUCAAAGCAUGAUCACUGUGUAUACAUCGGUAACAUCGCCGAUGGAAUUAAGAAUGUUGAGCUGAAGGCUACUUUCGAUCGUUACGGAAGGAUCGUAGAUUUUGAUACCAGCUUACGCGAAAAGUAUGGUGAAGUCUACAUAGAGUACCAUCAACGGGAGGAUGCGUUCAAAGCACUGGAGAUGAAUCGUGUCAAGAUGUGCGGUAAGCGAUUACGCGUCGCUUUGAACUGUCGUAAACCAGGUAACCGGGAAGGUUAUAGUGUUAUUGUGGAAAUGCCCGAAGCUGUUCCCGAAAGGGAUCUGUAUUCUCGGUUCGAUGCAUGUGGAGAAAUUGAAUUCAUAUGGCAUUACGAUAAUUGCACAAUUGCUACCAUUACCUUCGAGAAACCGGAGUCUAUGCUGAUGGCUUUGGCAGUUCGUGAGUUACACAACGGAAUACCGAUCAUUGUUCGUGAGUAUAUCGAAACUGAACGUUAAGCUAUCUCGGACAAAUAUAAUUGUAAGUAUGCCUACUUAUUGUUUACCACAUUCUAUAAUGGUAGCAACCUUAUUAAAACAAGAGUUUUACGGA